AUGCAGCACGAUGGCUGUGGCUUGGAGCUGAAUCAGGUCCGGGAUCUGGCUGGGGCAUUGAGUGAUCCAUGUGGUGUAAGUUCUAGUGGGCUGCUGGAAUGCCUGUUUGCCGUGAUGCGCCAUCGCGAGGCAGUGGACGCGUUUGUCGCUGGUGAAACGAGCAUGUGCAAUGCGGAUGUGUCGAUUAAGGAGUGGGUGGCUAGUCUCAGUUCCUGGGCGCAAGUGUCGACGGUUACUGAAGAACUGGAGCCUUGUCGCGAGAUCAUGAACCUGGUCGAGUCGGAUUCUCUACUUUUGUCCACGUUCUGUCACCAGUUUACGCAGCUGUGGGGACACGUACGUGUCGACAAGUACGAGAGUCUUGCGACAAAGAUCCGCGGUUUCCGCCAUCAAGUCUGUCAGGGGAAGCCACGAGCGAGGCGCUUGCGGCGUACAUCAAGCGAAUAUCCAAAGCCGAGGUCCAAAACAAUCGUGGACGAGUUGACUCGCUUUACAGCUCGGGUUGGCCUCUUUGCCGAUGAUGCUGUCUGGGAAUCCGCGCAACAAUGCAAUCCGCUGCACUGGUGGAGAGGUUUCAUCAGUGGGUCCUGUUUAAACUUGCAAGCGGUAGCACUGCGCACGCUGGGGUGUCCUAUGACCUCUGGUCUUUCUGGCAAAAGACGCAAGACGUUUGAAAAGAUCCUAACGAUGAACGCGAAGUACAUGACCGAGGAGCAGGCAAUCAAGGCGGCAGUCGUGUACGUGAACGCGAACCUGGCGUCGCACGUUGAAGAUGGCACGCACGACGGCACUCGCACAGAAAAGCGAUCGCAUCGACGAAAAACCGCUUGUGGCCCACAGCAGCGCUGCAGGUUCAUUGUACCCCUCGCUCAGCAUCUGCAUCCUUCUGCACGGGUGACUUGA